CGCGGGAUUAUUACCGGAUCUACGGUGGCUAGGAAGCAGGAGGAGUCCAGUGGUGACGUCCAUGCCAUCAGAUUGAGUUUCACCCACUGCCGUAGCUCCAGAACUUCGACUACACUCCUACUGCUCAAAUGGAUGGCGAUCACAAAGGCCGCCGUCAUUCUCCACGGCGUCGCCUAAUCCCAGAUUGAUGUCGACGGUGCCAUAUCGUACCUAUACAAUUCCUUAUCCACCUACCCAAGCGGAAUACUCAUGACGCAAGAACCGCCCCCUCCCCCGCCUGGCAUCACUCGUGCGGAAACCAUCGCCGUAUCGUCAGGCGUGCAGCGUGCCUCCAUGCAAUGGCAGAGGAUGGGAGGGAGAAACUAUACGCGUAGUUCAUCAACAGAACGGUCACCGCCGAUGUUGAGACGGAGAAGCUCGCUUCUCUCUGACUUCUCCCUCGAUGAAGCGACAACCUCACUCCGAUCAUCCACGGAUAAUUUACUACUUCCCCGUGCGAAUAAGACCAGGUCGCGGAUUGAGCAUACAACGCAUGAAGAACCAUCGCAUUGGCAUUCGGCGCCGUUGGCUUUUGGCCUCCUUCCGGCAGUUGGAGGGUUGCUGUUCAAGAAUGGAAGUGCAUUUGUAACCGAUAUCUUGUUGCUGGGACUGGCAGCCAUAUUCCUGAAUUGGUUUGUCAGGUUGCCAUGGCACUGGUAUUACUCUGCACAAGCCGUUCAGUACCUUGAACCUCCGCCGAUAGCUCCACCAUCAGACACAAUCAUCGAGGAAGAGGAUGAUGAGAUUGAGUCUCUAGACCAAUCUGGUGAACCCAAAGCCAAGAAACCCCCUAAGGAACAGCCUCCGAGAACGGACGACCAGUCGAAUCACGCCGCCCAAGCAGCAUCACAAGAGUUGCGGAAGCGCGAGCUGUUGGCGCUGGGUGCCUGCUUUUCUGGACCUCUAUUGGGGGCAUACCUCCUCCACACCAUCCGUGGUCAACUCUCCCGGCCUUCCGAAGGUCUCGUCUCAAACUACAACCUCACAAUAUUCCUCCUCGUGUCCGAACUGCGACCAUGCUCUCAUUUGAUCAAGAUGAUCCAGACACAGACGCUCCACCUCCAACGCAUCGUCCAAUCCCACGGCGACACAUCUCUUCCGCCUUCAUCUUCCGAAGACCUUCUGUCGCGCAUCACUUCUCUAGAACUGCAAGCCGCAGGAACCCCAGGAGACCAUGAAUCGAAGGGAUCCCAACCCGAGUGGAACGCGACAGAUAUCGCUGAUGACGUCUACUCCAACAUCCAGCCACAACUCGAUGCCCUGACCCGCGCUGUGCGCCGGUACGAGAAGCGUGCCACAACCCAGACCAUCCAGACGGAGGCGCGGCUGCAGGAUCUGGAGUUGCGCUUAAGAGACGCCAUCUCUCUUGCCGCUGCCGCCGCGGAGAGCGGACAAAGACCUGGCCUAGUCACUGGCGUUGUGCACGGAGUGGCAUCCGCGAUCAUGAUGCCCAUUCACGUUUUGCGAUCCAUCUUCAUGUAUCCAUUGCAAAUGCUCAAUGUCUCGGUGUCUUAUUUAUUUGACCGCAUUUCAGGGCGUCAACAGGACCAGAUGAAAGGAGGGAAGCGGAAAGGAGAAGUGCCUGGUAUUGGCUCGCAUCGUGUUAUGACGCGCCAGUCAAAGCGGUAGUGCCAUUUAUUGACGUUUCUUUGGCCGGAGUUCUACUAGAUAUGGGACUGCACAUCUUGAGAUACCACCUGUGGGCAUUCUUUAUAUAUUCUAUAGCUAGCUACGUAAUGUUAAUGCUGUCUUCUCGUC